GGCCCGAGGGACCCAAGGGAGAGCCCGGCAUGAGGGGACCCCCGGGGCCACCGGGACCACCCGGACCCCCAGGACAGGUUUGGGGUCCCAGUGUCCCAGGGAUUGGGUGUCCCUGUAUCCCAGGGAUUGGGUGUCCUGGUAUCCCAGGGAUUGGGGGUCCUGGUGUCCCAGGGAUUGGGGGUCCCCAUAUCCCAGGAAUUGGGUGUCCUGGUAUCCCAGGGACUGGGGG